CUGGCAGCAGGGACCAUGCCCGGAGUUCGGAGAAAAUAUUAACUGGAGCCUGUGAUUAAUUCAGUUUUUUUUCUUCUUCUUUUUUUUUAAUUUAUCUGUCUUAUAUAAAAGCCCAUGGUGCGGGAGAGGUGAUUGUUUUUUGGGCAGAGCGCGUCCAGAGUCGAGCACAGGCUCUCAUUAAAUCAGUGGUUGCACCAAUUCGGUCCAAGUUUUAUCUGCGCGGAGUAAAAAAUUUACUCCCCCUCGGCCAAAACGCACUGAUGAUGUCUCUAGUGGUUCACCUGAAGACGGUGGCUCACCUUCGGGGGAAAGGUGACAGGAUUGCGAAAGUUACAUUCAGAGGUCUGCCCCUCUACAGCCGCGUAGCGGAGAAUUGUGGGGAGGUGGCUCACUUUAAUGAGACUUUUCGAUGGCCCAUUGCCAGCAGACUUGAUCAAAAUGAGAUGUUGGAGAUCCAAGUGUACAAUUACAGCAAAGUCUUCACAAAUAGACUUGUUGGGACGUUCUGCAUGGUGCUUCAGAAAGUGGCUGAGGAGGGACAUCUAGAGCUGACAGAUACCCUCAUUGAUGACAACAACAUGUCAAUAAAGACCAGUGUCACCCUAGACAUCCGAUACCAGCCGAUGGAUGGGACAGGGGGGAUGUGGAGCGACGGAGAGUUCCUGGAUGUUCCUGAUGACCGUGAUGGGAUGUUUGCUUUUGAAACAGACAGCUUGCUUUCCGGACAGAGCCACGGGUCAGGGACAUCUCCUGGAUGGUCAUUACAGGGGUCCAUACCAACCUUCAGAAAAGCAGGGAGAGGAGUUUUCUCAGCCAUGAAACUUGGCAAGACAAAAACCUCAAAGGACGACCAUAAAAGAGGAGAUGAACCAGCCGUCCUGGAAAUGGAAGAUCUGGAUAAGAAAGCCAUGCGUCUUGCUGGAAUGCUGGAGCCGGACACCAUAUCUUUGGCCUCAGUGACUGCUGUCACAACUAAUGUUUCCAAUAAAAGGUCAAAGCCAGAUAUCAAGAUGGAACCAAGCUCUGGAAGGCCCGUGGAUUAUCAGAUCAGUAUUACAGUGAUUGAGGCUCGGCAGCUAAUAGGCCUGAACAUGGAUCCUGUGGUAUGUGUGGAGGUUGGAGAUGACAAGAAAUAUACAUCCAUGAAGGAGUCUACCAAUUGUCCGUACUAUAAUGAGUAUUUCGUCUUCGAUUUCCACGUCCCACCAGAUGUCAUGUUUGACAAGAUCAUCAAGAUCUCGGUUAUUCAUUCUAAAAACCUUUUAAGAAGCGGGACGUUGGUGGGAACCUUUAAGAUGGAUGUUGGGACGGUUUACUCUCAGCCUGAACACCAGUUCUACCACAGAUGGGCCAUCCUAUCUGAUCCCGAUGACAUCACAGCAGGGUGCAAAGGAUACGUAAAGUGUGACAUUGCAGUUGUUGGGAAAGGUGAUAACAUCAAGACGCCGCAUAAAGCCAAUGAGACAGAUGAGGACGACAUAGAAGGAAAUCUGCUUCUCCCAGAAGGCAUACCAGCGGAGAGGCAAUGGGCGAGAUUUUAUGUGAAGAUCCACAGAGCUGAGGGACUUCCUAAAAUGAACACCAGCAUCAUGGCGAAUGUGAAAAAGGCCUUUAUUGGAGAGAACAGAGAUCUUGUUGACCCCUAUGUUCAAGUGCAGUUUUCUGGGCAAAAGGGAAAGACUUCGGUCCAGAAAAGCAGCUAUGAGCCAAUCUGGAACGAGCAAGUCAUCUUCACAGAGCUGUUCCCUCCUCUUUGCAAGAGGAUCAAGGUGCAGAUUAGAGACUCGGAUAAGGUCAACGACGUUGCCAUAGGAACCCACUUUAUCGAUCUACGGAAGAUCUCAAACGAUGGUGAUAAAGGCUUUUUGCCCACCCUGGGUCCAGCCUGGGUUAACAUGUACGGCUCCACUCGUCAGUACACUCUGAUGGAUGAGCACCAGGACCUAAACGAUGGUCUCGGCGAAGGCGUGUCCUUCAGAGCACGCCUCCUUAUUUCUGUAGCCGUGGAGAUCCUGGACACUACGUUGCCUGAAAUCAUCUGCUCAACCGAUGUUCAGGUGGAGCCUGUCUCCAACAUCUCAGAGAGUGCCACAGGAAAAAUGGAGGAGUUCUUCUUGUUUGGUUCGUUUCUGGAGGCUACUAUGAUCGACAGGAAGAUUGGUGACAAACCGAUAAGUUUUGAAAUCACAAUAGGAAAUUAUGGCAACCACAUUGAUGGUGUGAGCAAAUCCUCCUCUGUGAAGAAGAAAAAGAAGGAAGAAGAGAAUCAGGAGGAGGAAAAUGAGCUGAUCCAAAACUCCAGUGAGGAUGAGGAUGAUGAAGAUGCGGACCUCACCUCAGUCUCCUCGACUCCUCCCAUGAAGCCUUUCAUCACAGACAGAAACUACUUCCAUCUGCCCUACUUUGAAAAGAAGCCAUGUGUCUACAUCAAGAGCUGGUGGCAGGAUCAGAGGAGACGGCUUUAUAAUUCAAACAUGAUGGAUAAGAUUGCAGACAAGUUGGAAGAGGGCUUAAAUGAUGUUCAAGAGAUCAUGAAGACAGAGAAGGCCUUUCCGGAGCGCAGACUCAGGGGAGUUUUGGAGGAGCUAGCAAUUGGCUGCAGUCGGUAUGUGACACUUGCCAACAAAGAUGUGAACCUCGCAGGCAGAACUAAGCUUGAUCGAGAGCGGCUCAAGUCAUGCAUGAGAGAGAUGGACUGCAUGGGUCAGCAGGCCAAGCAGAUUCGCACACAGGUGAAGAAAAACACGGUCAAAGAAAAACUCAAGCUGGCGCAGAACUUCCUGCAGAGGCUCCGUUUCCUUGCCGAUGAGCCUCAGCACAGCAUCCCAGAUGUUUUCAUCUGGAUGAUGAGUAACAACAAGCGCAUCGCCUAUGCCCGAAUUCCUUCCAAAGACAUUCUGUACUCUGUGGUGGAUGAAGAGACUGGCAAAGACUGUGGAAAAGUCAAAGCAGUCUUCCUCAAGCUGCCUGGUAAAAAGGGGUUUGGCCCUGCUGGUUGGACAGUCCAGGCUAAGCUGGAGUUAUAUCUAUGGCUUGGCCUCAACAAGAGCCGGAAGGACUUCCUAAAUGGUCUCCCGAAUGGUUUUGAAGAGAUCAGAGCCACCAAAACAGGCCCUGGGCUUCCUCCAGUCACCCUCAUCUACGAUAUGAAGCAGGUGUUUCAGCUCCGAGCUCACAUGUACCAGGCCCGGAGUCUGUUUGCUGCUGACAGCAGUGGGCUUUCAGACCCCUUCGCUCGGGUUUUCUUCUCCUCACAAAGCCAGGUCACUGAGGUUCUAAAUGAGACGCUCUGCCCCACUUGGGACCAGCUGCUGGUGUUUGAUGAUGUCGAGCUGUUCGGAGAGGCUACUGAGCUCAGAGACGAUCCUCCAAUCAUUGUUGUUGAGUUCUAUGACCAGGACACUGUGGGAAAGGCAGAGUUUAUAGGUCGGACGUUUGCAAAGCCCACCAUUAAGAUGCGUGACGAGCCUUACGGACCCCCAAGGUUCCCCCCACAGCUGGAGUAUUACCAGAUAUACAGAGGGAACAGCAUUGCAGGAGAGCUGCUGGCUGCUUUUGAGCUACUGCAGAUACCUUUUGAUGCAGAGGAGAUCAGGCGAGCUCUAAUCGCUGUCCAUGACUUUGCUGUUCCUCAAAUAAAGGUUGGUCAAGGAGGCAGGGCUGACCUUCCUCCCCUCGAAGGGCCGACGGACUCAGAGCGUGGACCCAUCCUUCCUGUUCCACUGGGCAUACGUCCCAUCCUGAGUCGCUACCGCAUAGAGGUAUUAUUCUGGGGGUUAAGGGAUCUGAAAAGAAUCAAUUUGGCCCAAGUUGAUCGACCCCGGGUGGACAUCGAGUGUGCAGGUCGAGGUGUUCAAUCUGCCCUCAUUCAGAACUACAAGAAGAAUCCCAACUUCAGCACCCUGGUUAAAUGGUUUGAAGUGGAUCUGCCAGAAAAUGAGCUUCUCCAUCCUCCUCUUAACAUCCGGGUAGUGGACUGCAGAGCUUUCGGACGUUACAUCCUGGUGGGGUCCCACGCUGUUUCCACCCUCAGAUAUUUUAUUUACAGUCCUCCAGACAAAAGCUGCAACAAUUGGGCCACUGCAGCUAAGCUAAUGAAUGGCUACAUGGUUCUAACCAAUGGCUGCUCCCGAGCUCGCGCGUCACCCAGCCUUUCUUCCCGCACCUUCUCUCGUCCCGCAGGUGACGUCUCCGUCAACCUGGAAGCCGAACCCGCAGUCCGAAAGAUGGACACAGUCGUCAAGUUGGACGCUAUGUCUGAUGCUGUUGUAAAAGUUGAUAUGAAUGAAGACGAGAGUGACAAGGAUAAAAAGAAGAAGAAAAAGAAGAAGAAAGGAGGAGUAGAGGAAGAGGAAGAGACGGAUGAGCGAGUGCUGGACUGGUGGUCCAAGUAUUUUGCCUCCAUUGAGACGCUGAAGGAGAACCUCAGAUCCCAGGAAGCAGCUCAAGCAGAGGCAGAGGAGAGAGAAGACCUCGAGAUAGCAGCUGAGGCUGCAGAUAUCAGACCUGAUGACCUCCAUCUAAAAGGCUCCAAAAUGAAAGAAAGGUUCAAAGAGAAGAAGAGCUCCAAGCAGAAGAGGAGUCAUGCUGCGGACGGCUCAGAGAAGCGACCCCCUAAAGCAAGAGUGGAUGAGCUAGUGGUGUACAACAAAGAGCUGGAGAGUGAGUAUGGCAACUUUGAGGAUUGGCUUCACACCUUCAACUUGUACAGAGGAAAAGCUGGAGAUGAUCACGAACAUGCCCUGGAUGAUGACAGGAUUGUAGGCAGAUUCAAGGGCUCUUUAUGUAUGUACAAAGUACCACUUUCUCAGGAGAUCACAAGAGAAGCUGGGUAUGAUCCCAAUAUGGGGAUGUUCCAGAGCAUUCCGCACAACGACCCCAUCCACGUUCUUGUUCGUGUCUAUGUGGUCAGGGCCACAGACCUUCAUCCAGCUGAUAUUAAUGGGAAGGCUGAUCCAUACAUCGCCAUUAAGCUGGGCAAAUCAGAAAUCAAAGACAAAGAGAACUACAUCUCCAAGCAGCUCAACCCUGUAUUUGGCAAAUCCUUUGACAUCGAAGCCACCUUCCCCAUGGAGUCCAUGUUGACAGUGUCUGUCUAUGACUGGGAUUUGGUCGGCACAGACGACCUGAUUGGAGAAACAAAGAUUGACCUGGAGAAUCGCUUUUACAGCAAAUUCAGGGCCACAUGCGGCAUUGCGUCCAACUAUUCUAUGCAUGGUUACAACAUUUGGCGUGAUCCUAUGAAACCCAGCCAGAUCCUAGCUAAGCUCUGUAAGGAAGGGAAGAUCGAUGGACCUCAUUAUGGGCCGGGAGGCAAAGUCAAAGUCGCAAAUCGAAUCUUUACUGGACCAACAGAAAUAGAGGAUGAAAAUGGUCUGAAGAAGCAAACAGAGGAGCAUUUAGCCCUGAGCGUGUUGAACCACUGGGAGGAAAUCCCAAGAGUCGGCUGCAAGCUCGUUCCUGAACACGUGGAGACCAGACCUCUUCUGAACCCGGACAAACCUGGAAUCGAACAGGGGCGACUUGAGAUGUGGGUGGACAUGUUUCCAAUGGAUAUGCCCGCUCCUGGACCUGCAAUUGAUAUAUCCCCACGGAAACCAAAGAGUUUUGAGCUCCGUGUUAUUAUUUGGAACACUGAUGACGUAAUUCUAGAGGACGAUGCUUUCUUGACAGGAGAGAAGAUGUCUGACAUCUAUGUCAGGGGAUGGCUGAAAGGGCAGCAGGAAGACAAACAGGACACAGAUGUGCAUUACCACUCCCUCACUGGGGAGGGCAACUUCAACUGGCGCUUCGUCUUCCCAUUCGAUUACCUCGUGGCUGAGGAGAAGAUCGUCAUCUCUAAGAAAGAGUCCAUGUUCUCCUGGGACGAGACUGAAUACAAGAUCCCUCCUCGUCUCACAAUGCAGGUCUGGGAUGCCGACCACUUUUCUGCUGAUGACUUUCUCGGGGCUAUUGAACUGGACCUGAACAGGUUCCCUCGCGGCGCAAAGACAGCCAAGCUGUGCAACCUUGACAUGAUCCGAAAUGAGCAAGAGCUUCCCACCAUUUCUAUCUUCAAGCAGAAAAGGGUCAAAGGCUGGUGGCCUUUUGUGGCACGUGACGAGAAUGACGAGAUGGAGCUCACUGGUAAAGUUGAGGCUGAGCUUCACCUUGUGACUGCAGAGGAAGCAGAGAAAAGUCCUGUGGGGCUGGGGAGAAAUGAGCCAGACCCACUGGAGAAACCAAAUCGCCCAGACACCACCUUCCUGUGGUUCCUGAGCCCGCUGAAAGCCAUCCGCUACCUGGUGUGCAACCGCUACAAGUGGCUGAUCAUCAAGAUCGUGCUGGCCCUGCUGCUGCUCAUCAUGAUCGGCCUCUUCCUCUACAGCAUGCCAGGCUAUCUUGUCAAGAAGCUGCUGGGAGCUUAGGGCAAUGCUGGGAGAAAGGGGAGGAUAAUGGGAAGGGUGGGGCUAUUAGGGGAUCCACUACUUGUAGGAAAAAAGACUCUUCUCAUCAAAUUAACUCUAGUUUUUGUAACACUACCUACUGAACUUCAUCCUUGAGCUGACUACACAGCAAUCUGAAACCAUAAAUAACUCCUGAUUUAUGCUUCCGUAACAAUAUUUACAGUGAAUGUUUCUUUACCCAUUUGCACAGUGUUUUAUUCAUUAACAGCAAAAACUGUCAGGUUAGUUCAGGAAAUGGCUUUACAAUUCAUAAUUUAGCUGCAAAAACACAUAGUACACUUCAAGUAAAACUGAUGUCUUUAUUUUAUACUUUUAUAGUUCUUUAUAUUAUACCGUCUAUUUAUAUUUUAUCAACCAUAAGACCCAUGGGGACAUUUUAUUUCAUAGAACAAAGCGAAAUACAGUGCUGUUUUUUUCUCCUUUUGAAAUGUUUCAGGUCAUCAAAUAGAGGCUGAUGUCAUGCAAAGAUACCUGAAUAUAUAUAAAUAGCUGUUUCAAAAUACUAAUUUUAUUUAUAGAACAAAAAAGUGAAAAAGUAAUCACCAUAGUGGUGAACACAUGAACUAAGUGUGAUCAAUCAAUCUUUUUAGGCUAAUUUCAAUUACAGGCUGAAUUCUGGCAGAAUGAUAAAGUCACUUUAGUUGUAACCGUACAGACAGCAAAAAGCAAGAACGUGUUAAAAAGACAUUUCUAAUGCUGGUGAACCAAAAUUACUUUAAGAGAGCAUUGAUGGUUCAUCCAAGAUGUCACAAAAACAACCCAAAACAAUAUCUAAAAUAUUGCACACCUCUUUUGUCUCCUAUAAUUUUGGUUUAGAGUUUUUCUUUCACUGAUCAUGAAAUCAUCAUUAUUAACAGCUUUUUAUAUGUGUUUGAGUUGUUCAAUUGAGAUAAAAGUAAAAACCAGACAAAUUUUUCAAGUGGCAGCACUGUAUAUUUGGAGACAUCAAAAUCUUUCUAGCUUAUCUUAUACUUGGUUAUUGUUUAUAAAUGCUACAAAUAGGUUUAGAGUAAAGUGUUGCAAUUUUAACUGAUUUGUGUAGUAUGCCUAUUUUAACAGCAAUACCUGCGUAGCUUCACAAUAAGACCUACUGCGUGGAAGAAAACAGAGUAAUCGCAAAUAUAGUUUGACCAGAUCGGAUUUAAAAGUGUUCAGAGUAAGAAACAAAUACUUCAGUUUUCACUCUUGUCAAGUAGAGGCUUCUGUGUUAAUCUGCAUGCAUCGUUGUGAAACGUGACCGGAGAGGUCAUGUGUGUUGGCAUGACUUGUCCUUCCAGCUCGAUGCAAACCAAAUCAUCCAUCCUGUUGUCUUUAAUGUUGCAAAUAAUGCAAAGAUAAGUUCAUGAUAUGAUGCAAGUGCAUUUGGAGCGUUAUAGGACGUGAGAAAUUUGCAGCCUGUCUAUAAUUCAAAUGGCAUUGUAUGUGAUGUCCUCUUUGAACUUUAUCUGUGAUUGACCUCAUUUGUGUUGCAAUCUGUGUACUACCAACUACAGUUAUGGUUUGCACUAAACUUGCCUGUUUUUUUGAUGAAUUUAUGUAUUUAUAUGUGUGGAAAUGUGUGCAAUAUUUUUGUUUGUUUUAAAAUUUGAAAUAAACUGAAUUCCAUGGACAACAUAUUGUAAACUUAUUAAAAUGAGAAUUUGUAACUUCAGUGUAGCACAUGAAGUUACAGCAGAAGAAAUUAAUUUUUUUUAGAUUGAAGGCCUUUGAAACCUCAUAAAAUUUCCUGAUUAUUUUUUUCUAGUAUGAAUUCAUAGUGGGGGGAUGAAAAAAGCUGAUGGGAGAAACAUUUUGAUAUGGCACAAGCUCAUCUAGAAAGAUCAUGUGAAUAGUUUUUGCUUACUUUUUAGAUCAUGUGCAAUUCAUGUAAGACCUUUACACCAAUUUGUCAUGAGGAUUCAUUUCAUUCUAAAUUGGGUCUGUUUAUUAUUUGUUUGACCUGCUAUUUUUUUAGAGUGAAAUGUUCAAACAGCACAUCAUUACAAAGACAAAAGACAGAAUUGAUUGCAAGAUUAUUGUGGAUUUUCUCCAUUUUAUUCAGGUUCACAUCGUGCAUACAGGUCCAAAUAUAUUUAGUCUAAUUUUUGCACAAAUAUUUUAUUUUUAAGCUUUGAAACGUGAUACAGAAGACUAUGAACAGUGAUUUACCUUGCUCUGUGCUGCCAUCUUGUGAUGCUUUUUAUUUUAUAUCUAUUGCUUGUUCCUGGCUCAUUUUGUUCAAAAGUAAUUUUUUUUAUUUUAAAUUUUAACUAUCUAUUCGUGAAGAAAAUGUAAAACAAAAACUGUAUCUUAACAAAAUACUUUAAUAAAAAAAUAAUAAUGAA